AUGUCUGAGGGCAAUGUUGUGAAGAUCGAAUCCAAAAAGGAUUUUCAGGAGAAGGUUAUCGAAUCCAAGGACCUUGUCGUUCUCGACUGCUUCGCUGAGUGGUGUGGUCCUUGUAAGGCAAUUGCCCCUCAGCUUGCUAGGCUCAGCGAGGAGUAUACUGGCGCCAAAUUCUACAAGAUCGAUGUCGACGAUCUCUCCGAAGUCGCUGGCGAGCUUGGUGUCCGCGCCAUGCCCACUUUUCUCUUCUUCAAGGAUGGUAAGAAGGUGAAUGAAGUUGUUGGCGCCAACCCUCCUGCCCUCGUGGCCGGCGUCCAGUCUCUGGUCAAGCAAUAA